GGUUGCGUUCUGCCACGUGAUUGGACAGAGACUCAGGAGGAAAUAGCUGAUUUUCGAGGCAAACAUCGCCGAAAGAAAGUUAAAAAAAAAACCCUGCUACACCCAGAAACCUGCUUCAAGUCACGCGAAGAGAUCCAGAGGGCGCUGUUGGUACAGAUUAUUAACAACCAAGUCAGGGGCAGCUGUCGAUUGUCCGACUUGGUCGGUGGUGGUGACGCUGAAACGCUAAACUGCUAACUGCACUGAUCCUGAUCAUGAUGAACUUUAGCAAAAGUCAACGCAGUCGAGCCAGCAAAGAAAAUAUGGCACCCUCAGCCAGAGUAGAUACACUGCAGAGGUCCAAACAGCGGACGGUGCUCGGAGUCUUGUCAGAAAAUGAACUGCGAGGUCGAUCCCUCAGCCAGGGUGGCCAGUUUUCCAGACACAGCUCAACCUCAGAAAGCUCUCAACUCAACUGUCUGGGCUGCCCUUCCAGCUCCAGCUUUGAUGUGUACGUGGAAGAGGCUUGCGAAGUUGUCCUUGCGGCUUCUGGCGAAGAAGUUGUCGGACACCGUAAUUACCAAGAUGAGGAAACCAAUGCCCUGCACAAUGAAGAUAUGGUAAUCAUGCUGGAGCUGAGUUCAAGUCCACGCCAGGAUGCUUCUACGCCUUCUGAAUCUGAGGAGGUUUUUUGUGUGGAGUAUGCCAGAGAUAUUCACCAGUACUUGAGGAAUAAUGAGAUUGCAUUCAGGCCAAGGCCAAAGUAUUUAGAAAGACACCCAGAGAUCACGGAUGAUAUGCGCGUCGUUCUGGUGGACUGGAUGGCUGAGGUGGCGCAGGAAUUCCAACUUCAAGCUGAAACGCUUCAUCUUGCUAUCAAUUACUUGGACCGAUUUCUCUCCCUCAUCGGAAAUGUGAAACGAGGCAAGCUGCAGCUGGUUGGCACGGCUGCCUUGGUGAUUGCUGCAAAAUAUGAGGAGAAGUCACCUCCUAAACUCAACCAAUUUGUGACCAUCACAGACAACACCUACACUAAGAAACAGCUGCUUCGGAUGGAGCAAGCAUUUCUAAGUGUGCUGGGCUUCAACUUGGCGGCACCCACCAUAAACUCGUUCCUUCACCUUUUCAUGGCCAUCCAGUCUGUCUGUGCCAACACCAAAAACCUGGCCCUGUAUGUGGCGGAGUUAAGCCUGCUGGAAAUGGAUCCAUUUCUACAGUACAGCCCAUCUAUGGUUGCUGCUGCAGCCUACUGCCUAGCUUCCUACACCAUAAAUACGUCUUUAUGGCCCGAUUCUUUAGUGGCUUUUAGCGGAUACACGAUGGCUGACAUUUCUCCCUGCCUGAUUGACCUGUACAAGCUAUACGCCAGCGCAGAGAGUCGCCCACUACAGGGCAUCAGAGAAAAGUACAAAAAUUCAAAGUACUGUGGCGUUUCAUGGAUCACUCCCCCUGCUUUUUUGUUUUUCCCGUGACUUACUGCUACACCCAUCUGACACAAUGAAAUGAAGAACAAAACAAACAAAAAAAAAAACAAGCAAGCAAAGUGGCAUUUGCUGCCAAGACUAUUCAUAUAAGCCGAUCUGGACUUUUUUUUUUUUAAAUUUAUGCAGAUGAAAAUAACCUGUCCAGAUGAUCCAGAUAUCUGCAAUAAUAAGCCAUGUCUGAUAUUUUUCGAGUUGUUUUGCAUGAAAAUGUCUGUUUUCUGGUAAGAUGCCGUAGAAGUGGUUACCUCAGAAGGUUUCCUGCAUCACACACUAUUGUCUUUUCAUGCACAAUAUUUGCUUUUUACAUUUGUAUAUAUUUGCAGUGUGUGCUUUUUAAACUUUUAUUAACUUUUUUUUCUACAGCACUUGUACAUGUGCAAUACAUACUUGCAAACACAAACCGCAAGAUUUAUGUUAACACAGAAAAUGAUUUGCAUUAAAACAAACCGCCUUUUAAGCCUGAACUAAGGCACCAUUCUGCGCAGUUAAUGUAAAAGUGAACUAAAAGCCACUUUUUAUAUGUACAUGGUGGCAAUGGAAAAAGUUUUGGAAGGUAGUAUUUAGUGGUAGUUUACUAGAAUUAUGUAUUAUGACUGAUUGAAAAAUGU